AGAGCGUCCUCACAUCUCCCCCCCUCCCCCCGCCAGCACGCUGGCAUCUCGGUCCUCAGCUCACGAACUUUGACGACACUCACUCACGAUGCUCGGCGCUGGAACUUUGAUUUGGAUUUCCCUGAGGCCUCUCCUCCGACUAGUCAUAACGACGUCCUUUGGGUUCGCCAUAACCAAGGCAGACAUCUUUCCUCAAGUAGCUUCGAGGGGAGCUGGCCAAAUCAUCCUUAACAUCACCCUCCCAUGCCUCAUGUUCUCCAAAAUCGUCCCCGCCUUCACACCGCAAAACAUCCACGCCCUCGGUCCCCUCGUCUUCGUCGCUAUUAUGUACGAGGCCAUGGGCAUGGCCAUCGCUGCAAUCAUCCGCCUCUUCUUCUGGGUGCCGCACCGCUUUCGCUAUGGCCUCCUUGUGGCCGGUGGUUGGGGAAAUUACGGAGACAUCCCAACUUCCGUUAUCAUGAGCAUCUGCGGUGCAGCUCCCUUCAAUCCGUCUACGGACGCUGACCUAGGUGUCGCGUAUGUUGCUGCCUUCAUCCUUGUCUUCAUGAUCACGCUUUUCCCACUCGGUGGCCAUAAGCUCAUUGCGAAGGACUACGUCGGGCCUGAUAUCGAGAACGAUGACGUGCGAGAGGCGACCCGUCGCCGGCGUCGCAUCAUCAUGUACGGCUGGGCUCACUAUGCUGCGCGCCUCCUGCACGGCAAGAAAGGCAAGGUCGAAGACGACGAAGAGCACACCAAGUCCCCCAUCUCAAACGAGAAGGAGCGGCAGCUAUAUGCUCCAACAGACUCACCUCACCCCGAACCAUGCGAGAAGAAGCCCUUCAAGCACGUCGCAUUCGAUGACGGCACCACUGCCGUGAACUCUCCGAUUUGCUCCCCCCUGCAGACCGAAGUUGGCCCGUCCCGUGCUCACUCACCCGAGCCCACGCUCGACGGACCCUCGCGGCCACCCUCGCAGCGCCACGACACGAGCGACAGCGUCCCAGCCCUCCCGCAAGCGCCCGACUACCCGCCCCCGGCAGGCGCGGUCGGCCUCUCCCCCGGCUCGUCCGCGCCCUCCGCCAAGCACCACCGCCGCCGCCGGCAAUUCCUCCACAGCAUCAAGGCCUUCCUCCAGUCCCUCUGCACCCCCGCCUCGCUCGCCAUGCUCCUCUCCUUCCCCAUCGCGCUCAUCAAGCCCGUCAAGGCGCUCUUCGUCGAGGUCGAGGGCACGUACAUGCCGAGCGCGCCCGACGGGGAGCCGCCGCUCGCCUUCGUGUACGACGUCGCCGAGUUCGUCGGCGCGGCGAGCGUGCCGCUGGGCCUGGUGUGCUUGGGCUCGGCACUCGCACGGCUGAAGAUCCCGCGCGAGGAGUGGAAGAAUCUGCCCCUUGGCGCCAUCUUCUCGUUCGCGUGCGGGAAGAUGCUGCUGAUGCCCGUCAUCGGCGUGCUUAUGGUGAAGGGCAUGACGCACUCUGGGAUCAUCGACCCGGAGGACAAGGUCCUGCAGUUCGUGUGCAUAUUCUUCUCGUGUCUUCCGACCGCUACGACCCAGGUCUUCCUCACGCAAGUAUACAGCGGGACAGGCACCGCUGAGCACCUCUCCGCCUUCCUCGUCCCCCAAUACGCUAUCAUGUUUGUCUCCAUGGUCGCUCUGACCGCUUACACUCUACAAUUACUAUUUUGAGCGCGGUCUGUGACUACUGUACCUUGCGUAUGGCCGGUCACUCUUUCGAGCACGGUCGGCUGUAGAGCUGGCCGUUAUAGAUGUAUCAUAGCCUCUACCUGUAGAUAAUCUUCACGCUACUUAUGUAGGACGGAAUGGACGCCGUUUGGCUUUCUAUAUGCC